AUGUCCUCCGCAGGCGACUCGACCGCGGCAUCGCUGGCGGUCCAGAUUGAGCAGGAUCAGUCCACAGCCGUCGAUCAGCUCACUCACGCCCUCCAAGCAGCCACCACGGCAGAUCCGGCCGCCAAGGAUACAUCGGCAACCCACACCCAGUCAAACGGCUCGCCCGCGCCCGCCCUAGCCGCCAGCACCCUUUCGCUGCCAGAGAGCGCACCAUCGUUGGCAGCCUCGCGGUCAAACACGCCCGCGCCCGCCGUCGUGCCCUCGAUACCCUCGGCAUCGCCCUCUGAAUCCUUGGCGUCGCUUGCGUCGUCCCUGGUACCAACAGCGCCGGCCGCGCCCAUCGACGAUACCAUCCUCGGCGCGCUCAAGAACUCCAGAGACCGCGUCUUCUACAUGCAGCACGAGCGCGAGAUGGCCCUGUUUGUCCGCGACCCGGCAAGGCAGAGGCUCGACCUACCCCUCAUGAACACCUACCAGCGUCUCCUCGUACAUCGCUGCGCAGACCAGUUCAACCUCGACCACCAGCUCGACCCAACAACCCGCGCCGUCAGUCUCACAAAGACGCCAGAGACCUGCAUGCCCGAGCUCCGCAUCUCGCAGAGGGUCGCCGCCCUCUUUGGCGACCGCGAGAGCGGCUCGGGCAAGGCAUCGCCAGCUCAGGCCUCGACGCCUCCGCACAACCCGAUGGCUGGUACCGCUGCUUCCGCUGCGUCCUCCUCCUUCGCCUCCGCUGCCGCCGCUGCAGGCGGCGAUCUGGCCUCUGGCACCUCUUCCGCCGUCACCUCGCCGGUCAGCGCCGGCGCCACACCUCCGCCGCCUUCAGGCUUCCGCAUCAUGCGGAGAAAUCCGACGGCCAGCUCUCGAGGCAGCCAGACGCCCGCCGCCUCCACCUCUGGCUCCAACAGCGAUAGCGAGCGGAGCGAACUUGCGGGCUGCGGCAAAGCCGUCCGCAAGGAUCGCAAAAACAUGACCAUCGAGGAGCGCGAGGCGGCGUACAAGGCAGCGCGAGAGCGCAUCUUUGGCAAGGCCGAAGCCUCGGACGCUCCAAAGGCGGACGACAAAAAGGGAGGGGCGUCGGCAACCGCUUCCAGCACCAGCGGAAGCAACGCCUCGGUCAGCGGCAAGCCAAGCAAACAGAGCGGCUCCAGCAGUGGAGGAGGAGGAGGAGGCGGCGGUGGUGGCAGGAAAAAGGCGGGCGGGAGCACAUCCCUGUCCGGCAGCCAGAAUGGGAGCACCGAGUCGUUCUCCCGCGGCAGGAACUCUGCCAACCGCAAGGCGGACGCUACGCUUCCGGCCGACGACGACCUGCUCGGCUAUUCGCGCAACAUGGUUCCGCCAUCGACGAGUACAGGCCUGUGGAGGCCCCAGGGCCAGGUGCAGUCGCAGCCCAAGCAGGCUGGCAAGGACUCACCGCUCGGCUUCCCUGUCCUCGGCGUCGGCGACGACGGGGGACCUGCGGUCGCCCAAGAUGCCAGUCUCCUGCCCAUGCCGCACUACGCGGCCGGGCCCGCCGGCUCGGCCGCAGCAAUGGCAGCCCAGUACGGUUACCCUCCCGCCAUGUCGAUGCAGCCACAGGCGAGGCAAGCCUGCGGCGGCUAUCCAGGAGAUCUGCAGGCUGGCUUUGGCGGCGCGCCUCGUACAGCCGGUGCAUCGUCGUCGGCGCAGGCGAACAAUCUGCGGGCAAAAGCUCCCGUCUUUCUGCCGCCGGGCUCGCAAGGGAUCACCGGCCAGUGGUCCUACACGCCGGAGACAGGUGGCUCAAGGGGGCCAUCGACGCCGGGCUCGGAGGGCUCGUACGGCGCGGGACCGAGGCAGCAGCAGCAGAUGCUGAUCGGUGGCCACCAGUUCUUGGGCGCGGACCGCGACGCCUUCUCGCCCUUCCCGCCAUCGAAUCCCAGCUCUGCAGGUGGUUCGAGAUCGACGUCGACGUCCAGCUCGGGAGGGCGUGGGCUAGCCUCGGUCGCAGUUGGCGGGUCCGGAGCUGGUGAUGCAUUCCCAGCACUGCCAGGCACCUCGAUGCAGGCCGUCAAACGUCAGCAGACCGCGAGCCCGGUCAGCGCCUGGAAGCUGGCGCCCGAGACGAACGGCGCCGGCCCCAAUGCGUGGGACGCUACGGGGCAGCUGCAGCAGGGCCAGGUGAUGGCGAUGAAUGGCGGAUCACAGCCUGCGGUGCCGCAGCAACCGUGGAUGAUGGGCCCCAACGGAGCCGCCUGGGCGCACCAACAGCAGCCGUUCGCUAGCUCCGGUGGGCAACGAGGACCGGCGAGAGGUGGUCCUAGCUACAACGGUCAAGGCGGGCCGGGCUGGGGCUGCGGCUUCCACGCGCAGGGCCAUGGGCGCUACCCGAGGGCCUCCAGUUCAUCGAGUCUGAGCGCCACGGGAUCUCUGAACGGCAGCCAGACAGCACCGCCGAGCGGCAGCAGGGACGACAGCAUGAGCGCUACUUCGACGUCGUCGUCGCGCUCGUCGCAGGUUGUCGGUCCGUCGAGCAGCACGAAGAUCUCGCACCCUUCGCUGCCGUCGAAGCCGUCCUGGAUCCAGAAGAACGGAAGCGGGAGCGAAGCGGGCACGCCGUCGAUCCGAAGUCAGGGCGUCGCUUCGUCCGGUCACGCCAGCGGUAGCAGUCAGACGCCGGCGGCGGCGGCGGCGACCACGGCGACGGCUGCCGUGGUGGACACUGCUUCGACGUCGGCCGCGUGA